AUGGAGGGCAGGCAAAUUGAGAACACCUCCAUCAGUGGCAAUGCGUCAGACAUCCAUCUGGUCACGCACAGCAUGUGGGAGGUCGUCACCAUAGCGACAGUGUCGGCCAUUGUUAGCCUGAUAACAAUCAUCGGAAACGUUCUCGUAAUGUUGUCCUUUAAGGUCAACAGCCAACUGAAGACGGUAAACAACUAUUACCUGCUAAGUUUGGCUUUCGCGGACCUUAUCAUUGGCGUUUUCUCAAUGAACUUAUAUACCUCGUACAUACUAAUGGGCUACUGGUCACUAGGGAGCCUUGCUUGUGACCUGUGGUUGGCCCUAGACUAUGUGGCUAGCAACGCGUCAGUGAUGAACUUGCUGGUCAUCAGUUUUGACAGGUACUUCUCUAUCACAAGGCCCCUGACGUACAGAGCCAAGCGGACACCCAAACGUGCGGGCAUCAUGAUCGGCCUGGCAUGGCUCGUGUCUUUUGUCUUGUGGGCCCCUCCCAUCUUAUGUUGGCAGUAUUUUGUCGGGAAGAGAACCGUCCCAGAAAGACAGUGUCAGAUUCAAUUCUUCUCCGAACCUGUGAUAACCUUUGGGACAGCAAUUGCUGCUUUCUACUUCCCUGUCUCUGUCAUGACGAUCCUCUACUGCCGGAUCUACAAAGAGACGGAACGUCGCACCAAGGACCUGGCUGAGCUCCAAGGCAUCAACUAUUCAACGGAGUCUGGCAGCAGUAAUGUCCAACCGCAGAAAACCAUCAUCAGAUCUUGUUUCAACUGCAAGCAACUCAGCACCACCACCAGGGACAGGAACCAAGCCUCUUGGUCCUCCUCCAAUCGCAGCAACACGACCAAAUCUGCUGUUGUUUCCAAUGACGAGUGGUCCAAAACCGAUCAGCUGACCACCUUCAACAGCUACGCUUCCUCUGAAGAGGACGAGCAUUCGGUGUCUCCAGGUGCGUUCCAGCCAGCCUACAGGAACCAGGGAUGCGCUGGCGACAACAGCAAAGCAGCGGCAGAGACAGCCAGCGAGAGCGAGCAGCUUAGCGGCUACGUGGACGAGAACUUCUACCCGUCGCCGGUGAAGAACAGCUCUCAGAAAAGCAAGAAGUGCGUUUCCUACAAGUUCAAACAAACCACCAAGGAAGAGAGCCCCCAGCAGGCCAAGAACGGCGACACAAAAGCCGGCCCUUCGUCCUUCUCUUCGGCAGAGUCCGUGAGCGUUCCGUCCACCUCGUCCUCCUCCAAACCGACAGACGCCACCCUGAAGAACCAGAUGACCAAGAGGAAGAGGAUGGUGUUGAUUAAAGAGAGGAAGGCAGCCCAGACUCUCAGCGCCAUCCUGCUGGCCUUCAUCCUCACCUGGACACCUUACAAUAUCAUGGUGCUUAUCUCCACCUUCUGUUCCAACUGCAUCCCCCUCUCCCUGUGGCACCUCGGGUACUGGCUCUGUUACGUCAACAGCACCGUAAAUCCCAUGUGUUACGCCCUCUGCAACAAGACUUUUCAGAAGACCUUCCGGAUGCUUCUUCUGUGCCAGUGGAAGAAGAAGAGAGUGGAAGAGAAGCUUUACUGGUACGGUCAGAAUCCAGCUGUGAGCGGCAAGUUGACCUGA